UUAUCUGCAUUGUUGUGAGUGAACGGAUCGGAUAAGCGCAAGUUUCUGCAAGCAAAAAUUGAAAUUUGCCUUUAUUUUACAACCACUGUCACAAUAUACCACAUUGCAUGUACGAAGCUCAACUAAUUAUAUUAUUGCUAUUGAACCGGCACUCAGCUUUGAUUAAAUUAAACUCUGUGUUCUAACGUAUCCAAUCUACAUCUAGAUAACCAAGCAAGAUUAGUGUUUUUAAUGAGUUUAUUAAAUUAAAAAUAUAAAAAAUUAGUCUUAUCACGGGCGAAGAGAAAUCCAAUGAUAUCGGCAAAUAUCAAUUGUUUUAUGGGCCAUUCGUGUGAUCGCUAUUGAGUAGUUUUUAUUGUUCUACUAAACAUGAAGGUUCGCCAUGCACAAUUCUUAUGGUUUUGUAACGAACGUGUAACGACCAGCUAAAUUCCGUUUUAUUUCGAUACAAUUGGACACUCUUUUUAAUUAAUCAAAAUUAAUUUCUGGUCCGUUUGAAUUUGGUGGAUUAAUUUGACAAGAAUAGACGAAACCGUCCGAAAAUGAUAUUCGAAUUAACAGUCAAAAAGGUCAUCAUCUUCAUAGUCGUGAUAGUUGCCGCUGUCGGAAUUGGUGUGGGAUUGUAUUUCGGACUGCGUGAAGAACCAGUUGAGUUGAAAGGUGGCGCUGUGGUUGCGAAUGGUGCAGAAUGUGCACAAAUCGGAGUUAACAUUCUAAAGAAACACGGAUCUGCUGUCGAUGCCGCCAUAGCAACUCUAUUUUGUGAGGGCGUGACCUGCCCUCAAAGUAUGGGAUUGGGUGGCGGUUUUGUGGCAACAAUUUACACGAAAUCUGAUGGAAAGGUAGAAUCAUUGACAGCUAGAGAAACUGCUCCGAAGGCAGCCACCGUUGAUAUGUACGUCAACCAAACUGUUACCGGUGCCCUUGCAAUUGCCGUUCCAGGCGAACUGAAAGGUUACUGGGAAAUGCACCAAAAAUACGGAAAAUUGCCGUGGGCAACAUUGAUCGAUCCCACAAUAGAACUAUGCCGCCGCGGUCACGUUGUUACAGGCUAUCUAGCUCGAAUAUUAGAAAGAAGCAAUGAACUCAUCCGCACGACACCAUCUUUAGCAGCAGUAUUUCUUAAUCCAGCCACUGGGCACGUGUGGCAGGAAAACGACUUAAUUAGGCGAAUAGCGUUAGCAGAAACCCUACAGACUAUAGCUGAUGAGGGCGUGUCCACGUUAUAUAAUAACGGGACGAUCGCACAAAAACUCAUCCCUGAAAUCACAGCAUACGGCGGAAUAUUAACCACAGAAGAUUUAAUGGAGUACAAAGUUCGAUGGGAGGAGCCGGAAGCGUCUACAAUCAUACAUAAUUACACAAUGUAUACGAAUCCCUUGCCUGCGACUGGCCUUCUCAUUACAUUUAUGUUGAAUAUAUUAAAUGGAUUCGAGCCAUCGACUCCAUCAGUUAAUUCACUUCAUCGGAUAGCCGAAACGUUUAAAUUUGCUUAUGCCGAACGUACCGAACUAGGAGAUGCAGCAUUCGUAGAUGGCAUGGCAGAGAGAGUACAUAAAAUUAAGGAUUCCGCAUUUGCUGAAUCUGUUCGACCGAAAAUUAACGACCAACAAACCGUAUCUGAUUACAAGUAUUACGGGGCUGAAUUUGCAAUCGAAGAAGAUCAUGGAACGGCUCAUAUAAAUGUGAUCGCGCCUAAUGGUGACGCUGUAUCGGUCACAAGCACCAUAAACAACCUCCUUGGCUCCAAAAUCCGAUCGACAACUACCGGAAUCAUCAUGAACGAUGAAAUGGAUGACUUUGGAACACCGGGAAAGUCGAACUCUUACGGAGUUCCUCCAUCCCCAGCUAAUUUCAUUGUGCCCGGAAAACGGCCGUUGUCAUCAAUGUGUCCAGUUAUAAUUUUGGAUGAACAUGGUGAUGUUCGGUUAUUGAUUGGUGGAGCCGGUGGUAUAAAGAUCACUUCAUCUGUAGCAUAUACAAUUUUGCGCCAUUUGUACUGGAAUGAAACGCUCACGGAUGCUAUCAAUGCUAAACGAAUCCAUCAUCAACUACUUCCAAUGCGACUUGAAUAUGACGCAGGACUGGACGCUGCAUUACAAGCCGGCCUGAUAGCAAAAGGUCAUGUUAUGUACCAGUCGCCGUCGGACAGUGGCUUUGCAUCAUUAACCGGAAUUUCUCGAAUAGGUGACGAAAUUGAUGCCGUCUACGAUAUACGACGAGUGGGUAGUGCUGUAGUUUUUUAACAUUUUUUUUAAAUAUAUUUUGUUGCCGAGUUCUUAGUCUUAUUUUUUUACAUUUUCCUUUGUCACUUGAAACAAAGUCAGUCAUUGCAUUUUAGUUUGUAAGUAAAUUUUUUUUAUUUUUUAUUUCUAUUUUUUAACAUGGUAUAACCGUUGAAUGCCAUUAUGAAAGUGUGAUAGUCGCGGAGAAAAUCAAUUAUAACGACGAUAGGAGUAUAAUGUUAUAAUAAGUAUAUUUAACAUUAAUAAAUGAAAUUUAAAAAAAAAACA